UUAGGUGUAGUACAUGUUCCUGUUGCCCAAAAACCCUCUGAUCAAGUGACUGCUAGGCAGCGUCUUAAUAGGACAAAAGCAAUUGAGACAGUGGGUAAAACCAUAAGCAGUGACCAGAUGGAUGUGCACAUGGUACACACCCUUAAACGUAAGAGUCAGGAGGAGAGAAGGCAAAUUUUAAAUGACGCCCUGGGGAAGGAACUUGUUCUUCACAUUCCGGAGGGUCAAGCAAAUGCCAUGAAGGCAGAUCUGGGGAUCACCUGGUACCGUCUCAAUAAACUAAGAAGGUAUGGUAUAGUUUAAUCAUGUUUUAAUUUUACUCAUCAUGUUGUACGUGACUCUCUUUUAGGCAAAAACAAAAUAAUUCUAUUAAAUGUUCACAGUACCUAGUUUGGAUAUCUGAAUGUUUUUACAUUAAGGUGGUUUAAGCAAUGGGGAAUCAAGAUGGAGAGUGAGAAGAACCAAAGAGUACGCAAGAGGGAGCAGAUAGGAGACAAAAUUGAAGAGGAGCUUCUUCCAAUGGAACACACAGAGAGACGAGGGAACAAGACUGUCACGGUAAUAAAGGAAACUCCCUGUGCCUAUGUCAGCGACCUUAAGGAGCAAAUUAUUUCUUACGUGGAUGACUGUGACUCGUAAGUAAGACUAUGCUUCUUAUUCUUAAUUGACUAGAAGACAUGUCUAUAGGGGAUUGUUUCUAAUAGCUCUUUACAAUAAUUUUUUCACAGGACGGGACAACUUACUUGGCACAAUGGCAAAAUACCACAAGACAAACUUUUUGUUAAAAUUGGGGGAGAUCAUGGGCAAGGGUCAAUGAAAUUAGAAUUUCAAUUGGCCAACCUCGUUAAACCCAACUCUAGCAAAAAAACUGUGGUAUUUGCCAUUUAUGAGGGUAAGGAUACCCGAAACAAUCUGCUCACAGUCCUUCAACAGCACGCUGAUUCUCUGAAGGAACUUACUAAUCUAAAAGUCAAGUAAGUUAAUAAUCCUAUGCCCAAAUUAUUACCGGUAAUAAAAAUCUAAUUAUUCUAGUAUUAAUUUGGAUGACUGUAUAAAUUAUAUUUUAGGAACAAAGUCCCAGUCCUCUUCCUUUUUGGGGAUUAUGAAUUCCUUUGUAAAGUUAUGGGGAUCAGUGGUGCAAGUGCUAAGCAAAUCAGUUUAACAAAUUUUAAUGCACUUUGAAUGCUAAAAUAAAUUCAGGAACUUACAAAUUCAACAUUCUUUGUAGGACGUCAUUCAUGCCUCUGGUGUACCAUCAUAGCUAGUGAGAUGAAACUCCCAAAGAAUCAAAGAAGCCCUACAACAUCCCGUACACUGGAACACCUUCAGAAUUGCCACAAAAAAUUCAUUGACGAUGGGGGUGACAUAAAAAAGGCAAAGAACUACUGCAAUGUAAUCCAGAAGGCGAUUUUUGAAAUCCCAAUUGAUCAGGUAUAACAUCUUAUCCAGAAACCUUUUUCAAGAUAAUGUAGAUUAUUCCUUUUGUAUUAUUUCACUAAUAUUGUUUUGCAUGAUUAUCUUCAGAUAUGCAUUCCUGGUCUCCACAUUAGCCUUGGACUGUUUUUGAAGUUUUUUGAUAUGCUUGUUGGGGAGUGUGAUGAGUUAGAUACAAAGAUUGCCUGGAAAUUGGCUGAAAGCAGUAGUCAGCUAGAUGGUAUGGGUGAUCUAAAUGAGCACAUCACACUUCUUAGACAAGCUGCAGAACACUCAAAGGCAGCCCAAGAUUAUGACGCACAAGCUCAAUCAACUGAGGAAUACGUGGUACACCUUCUGACUGUGGCCAGCAAUGUUAUAGUGUUUGAUGAGGGCAAUGAAAACCCUUUGAUAACAUCGUUACUCAACUCUGUAAAAGAGCUCAAAGAGAAAGCCGAAAAUGAGGUUUGUUGAUUAAUUGAAGAGCAUGAAACUAUCUUAAGUUGGACAAUUAAAAAAUACUUGAUGUCAAAUCGACGAAUGGAAAUGGCAUUGGCUUCAGUUUAUUCUUUCUGACUCUUGUUAUUCACUUUUAUAGAGAGCGCAGUCACUGGCCAUUCAGUCCAGUAAUUCAUUACCGAAAGGAUCUGGGAUAGUGAAUACUGCGAUUGAGAAAUUUCUACAGAAAAUUAAUGUCAAAAGACAAGCAUACCACAGUCAAAGUUUCGUUGGCAAUCAUGUUGACAUCUGCCUUAAGGUAAUAAGUCAGAACAAAAACCCUAUGGAUAUUAGUGAUUACUAUUCAGACUUGUACCCAUGAUUGAUAAAGUUUAAAUUAUUAUAUCAUCCUUUUCCAGGCAAACAACAUCAAAUCUUUGUGCGAAACGAUUUCUGAAACGACUAGGGCAACAUCUUCAUCUCUUUUACAUGAGGCCACUGCUAUCCAGAAGAAGUUUGAAUCACUAUUAACCCUGUUUGCACGGUGCCAUUCAAAAUACAAUUCCAGUGAGGCAGUGGAGGACACAGAAAUUGAUGUGUUAGGUACAACAAAAACCUUGAGAUCUCCAAUUUUUUACAUCACCUGUAUGAGUUUCUAGGAUUCUAAUAUUUUGUCUACCUUACAACUGUUGUCAACAGAGACAGAUAUAGAAGAGUUUGUGUGUUUCUUCAGGGAAACUUUCCCAGACGCUUCCUUUCCUCCAAAGCUACAUAUGCUCGAGGAACAUAUUAUUCCUUUCAUGCGCAAAUGGCACUUUCCUCUAGGCUUCUUCGGUGAGCAAGGAGGCGAAAGUGUCCACCAUGAAUUUGUCCAGCUUGCAUCAACAUUUUCUCAUGUGAAGCCAGCGACAUCACGACUAAAGAAAAUGAUGGAAGAGCAUCAUUUAGUCGUUCAUCCUAUAAACAGAGAUAUGAUUCCAGAGAGAAAGAAAAGAAACUUAAAACGAGACCAACCCCAGCAAGAAUAA